AUGUCUUCUUCUUUAGAAUCAAAUCUUGUCAACUAUGGCUUCCUUAUUAUCAGUGCAAUUUUGUCAAUUAUCUUCAUUAGUUCCAUCAAAUCUAUCAUCAAUUUCAUCAAAGAUACAUUACAUCAUUCCCCUAAUCAAGGAGGAGAGUCAAAUGAAGCUCCUCCUCAAGAAGUUGUACCAAUUGAGGUACUUCCAGACAUGUCGUUGGAUGAGAUAAAUAUACUGACUGAUAACUUCGCGGAGAAAGGUCUUAUUGCUGAGGGAUCUUAUGGCCGCGUUUAUGGUGCUACAUUAAGCAAUGAACAGAAACUAGCAAUAAAGAAAUUGGAUACUGAUUCUUCUGCAGAAUCAGAUACUGUAUUCGCAGACCAGGUACAAAUUGUGUCAGGACUUAAACAUGAGCAUUUUGUGACACUGUUAGGUUAUUGCUUCUUGGAAGCAAAUAAUCGAAUCCUGGUUUACGAGUCUGCAACCAUGGGCACAUUGCAUGAUGUCUUACAUGGUAAAAAAGGAGUAGAAAAUGCUGAGGCUGGUUUAGUUCUUACCUGGAAUCAGAGAGUUGAAAUUGCUUGUGCUGUAGCUAGUGGCCUUGAAUAUCUACACAAACAUGAUGAACCAAUUAUCCAUCGCGAUGUCAGAUCUAGCAAUGUACUACUGUUUAAUGAUUUUACCGCGAAAGUUGCUGAUUUCGACUUAACAAAUCAGUCUUCAGAGGAUUCCACUAGAGUUCAGGAGAGUUAUGGUUACCAUGGUCCAGAGUAUGCCUUGGGAGAAAAGAUAACAGACAGAAGUGAUGUUUAUAGUUUUGCUGUUGUUCUCUUAGAGCUGUUUACAGGAAGGAAGGCAGUUGAUUAUACAAUGCCUGAAGGGGAACAAAGUCUUGUUACAUGGGCAACUCCACUAUUAAGUGAUGAUAAAGUUAAAGAGUGUGUUGAUCCAAAACUAAAUAAUGAGUACCCUCCAAAGGCAGUUGCUAAGGUGGCAGCUCUUGUAGGACUUUGUAUUCAAGAAGAGCCACUUUUCAGACCAAACAUGUCAAUUAUGGUCAAGGCACUGCAGCCACUUCUUAACGUGGACUAA